AUGCCGUCCACACACCCAUCACUGCCCAAUGAGCAUAUAGACGUGCUCGAGGUAAACGAGGCCUUUGAAGAAGUCGACGGAUGUUUCAAGUUUACAGGCACACUCGUUGUGUACAGAACUGGUGACGGCUUGCACCAUGCGGUUUCGAAAGCUCGCUACUCGCCCCCCUCGGAGGUUAAAUUCGAACAUCUCAACAACCAUAUCCCCAUCCCCAUCUCCGCCUACAGCCCUUUGUUCCCGCCCGGUUUUACACAUGCACCCAAUCCCCUGCCAGAGAACUGUCACAUCAAAAAGCCCCAGCUGAUAUCCUACGAUCGAAUCCGCCAAGGAUCCCAGCCGAAUCAUAUCGCGGACUCCAUUCUCCUCGAAGCUUCAGUCUGCGAGGUUCUCAAGCAGCAUCCGCACCCCAACAUUGCCACUUACCUUGGAUGCAAGGUUUCAGAUGGGAGAAUAGCUGGUCUUUGUUUUGCGCGAUACCAUCGUACCCUAAUGGAAGAAGUAAACCCCCGCGGUCUUAUGAAGAGAAAGUUCAGAUCAGACUGUCAGAGAAGCAGGGACUACAACAGUGUGCUGGCCGGGAUCGAGAGCGGUAUCAAGCAUCUUCAUGCCUUGGGAUUGGUUCACAACGAUAUCAACCCAAGCAACAUCAUGUUGGACGGUAACAAGGCAGUCAUCAUUGAUUUCGGCUCUUGUAGGCGGAUAGGAGCGAGUCUGGAAGGUGCUGGUCGCACUUACGAGUGGUACGAUGAGCGAGUCAAAACCGCGUUUCCGCAGAAUGACCUCGACGCAUUGGAGGAGAUUCGUAUCUGGUUAGGCGACAAUUCCACGCCGUUCAAGAACAAGUUCAAAACAAGAGACAAGGUUGAAUAG